AUUUUUUUCUGGGUGUUUUCUUUCACUAUCUAUAUUACUGUUAGUAAUGGGAUUUCUCUGCUGUUAUUUUUUAUUGUCUUCGUGACUUUUAAAAAUAAACAUAGCAUUUACUUUUUUUUGCUGCUCACUUGAGAUUGACACAAGAAGAGGUUUCUAGUGCAAAGGACAGAAGUGUCUAUGCUGAAAAAUAGGUAAUUGUACUUUUAUUAGUAGUCAAGUACUUAAAUAACAAAAAUGACAAAGCCCUGGAGGGGAUGGGGAUACUCUUCUUUACCUCUCUGCAGACUUAAGCAUCAGUGGGAGUGGUACACAGAAGUUCCUUUUCAGUUCUUAUAAGAGCUAUUCGUGGUAUACUAAUUAGGGAUUCAGUGUCAUCAAGCCCUAAAAGAUCUAAGGAAUUAGAGAGUUCCUUAAUGUUAAAACACUCAACCCCCUUUAAGAUAGUUAACAUUAAAUGAAUUAGAGAAUGUCUGCCAUCAGGCAAGAGAAAUUGAAUAUAUUGCCAGCUACAUUAAAUAUUGUAGAAAACCCCAGCAGAAAUAAAAUCACCCUGAUCGUGUAUAUGGAUGGGGAGUCAGAGAGGAGGGUGGACCUUACCCUAGAAAAAUCCAGAGGAAUUGUUGAAGUUUCUUCUAGAACUAAGGAAUGCCUACCAUGCAUUCCGGAGAGCUAUACUUUGCAAAGACAAUCCCCAUGAUCACAGUUAAAUUAAGAUCAUAAAUACCUGUCGGCUAUGGUCCAGUAGACUGGGAGAGUGUAAACUAGGAUGCGUCAUUGAUCUCAUUAUCUCUAAUACUCAAGGGAAGUAAGAGCUCAAUAAAUCUUUCUUGCACUCAAAGUUAUGUGACAGAAGAGGCCUGAACAGUUAACUCUGGUGUAAAGGAUUAUACUUCUUUCCUCAACUGACCUUGAAUAAGUGAAGACAAAGGAAGAAUUAAUUCAUUACGUCUUCAAAGGGAAAGUACUCUAAAUCCAAGGUAGUAUUAAUAUUUUCAUUAAUAGUCCAGACUUUUUUGUAUACUUGUGACUAAACUACUCUCUAGACUUUGAGGGAAGGCGAGCAGUGCUUAGAUCUGGCUCUGCCCCACCCUAAUUCUGACAUCAGCAAGCGUCAUAAGCAGCUGCUCCUUGGAAUCAACAGAAACAGGGUGAAGAGGAAAUUCACCAGGAGACCACUCCAAAAUCUACCAAAAUCUAACUUGGGUUUUCAGCAUCACAGUAGAUUGUCGAAGAGGAACACAGCUGACAGACCCCUCUAACAAAAAGAAAUAUAAAAUGAGGUGUUCUGUUUUACUAAAAAAUCAAGUUGAUGUGAGCUCAGUUAAAUACCCACUAUGACACGUCCCUCACUUUUCUUAGACCCAGAGCAAUCACUGCUGCACUUGACAAGGCACUGAGCGGCACUGGACAUUUUUUUUCUGGCAGAGCAUUGCAUGUGGUUAUGAGAUGGGCAUACCACCUUUUUGUGUUUUGGGGCAUCCAGAAUCGAGGACUUUGGAAUGAAGAUAUCAGUCUAUUUCACAUAACAUAAAAAUGUCAAAGCAAUUUUAUUUCUUAAAAAAAGUGGGUGGAUUGGAAAAUAAUGCAUUUUUGACAUUAUGGGACCUCCUAGAGUCCUGGACUUCUCAAGAUAACUGGAUGGCAAUCUUAUUUAUAACUUUUCUGGGAAUUAUCUUUGAGAUCGUACUCAUAAAGAUUUGUACAGCCUUUCAGAAGAAGCCUGCACUUCCUUCAGAGAAGGAUAAUACAGAUGCCCACAAGGUAAGAACAAAUGCUUGAUUUCCUUUUCCCUGAUUUUUCAAAGUAACACAUAAGAAUAACUUAUAAAAUUGUGGAAGUUUGAUAUUUGGAUUACUCUAAUAUUUUAUUGUCUCCCUUGAAACAGAAAGAAAGUUGCCUUAAAAGCAUGAAAUUUGGUAACUGGUCAAUUCAUUCAUCUUCAGAAGAAAGAGUUGAUGACUUUUCAGAAAGAACAAUUACUUCAUCACUUACAUCUGAAGGAAAUGAAGGUAACUCUGGAGACAGAGUUUCACUGCCAGAUGAACCAACACGGACAAGUACCAGUGAAAGUAAAUAUCGCAUAAGUCACUUUAGUGAAAGUCAUGAGCCAUCUUCAGAUGGUACUAGCUCGUCUUUGUCACUGUUUCAUUCAGAAGUACAGGAAAUUUUUCCAAGGUGCAGAGGGUGUCCUGAAAACGAACAUGAAACAAUACAGUUUUCAUCUAAGAAAUUAUCUUCCAUAAUGAAAGCCAACGAAAAUAAAAAUUUGAUGUUUUCUUCUGACUUUAACUUUUCAAGAAUUUCUAGAAUCAUUAUAGAAAGUGAAGAUAUAGAUGUGGCACCACACCCUCCUGCCCAUUUAUUUCUUUCUAGAGACCAAGUCAGACUUCUGGAAGAAAAUGUGAGAAAUAAAAUGCCUUUAACAUCCAAAGCUACUUUAGAGAGUAAAACUACCUAUCUGUACUCAAGGUCUCAAGAGCCCUUGAUUCAGAAUCAACAUUCUGUUAGAAUGGACAUUUCUGCCGAAGCACAAGAUUCUUUUCCAGGACAAAGUGCUCUUCCGAAUCAAGAUUUUUCUGAAGCCCAGUUUACUAGUCAAGCCCAACAACUUGUUAACAACCAGGAAUCAAUCAGUAGCCAGCCUGAUAUCAAGGCCAGAUACGUUGCUCUGCCUCAAGAUUUGAUGAGGAAACCACUUACCAGCAGCACACAAGGCUCCUUCCAGACCCAACAUAGGGACAGGAGCCAACAUUUGGUCCAAGUCCCACAUUCUGUUGAGACUCAAGAUUCAAUCAAGGACCUAGAGUCUGAUACAAAACACUCAGAAGAGGCCCAAUAUUCUGUUUGGUUUGAAGAUUCAAACAAGAUUCAAUAUUCAAUCCCAGGGCAAAAUAAUAUUUUUAAUAAUGCCAGACAUCUAGUUUUAACUCUAAGCCCAAAUUCAGUUGCUAAAGUGAUGCCACAACUAAAGAGUGUAAAGACAAAGGGCCAGAAACAAAUUGCUAGCUCAAAAUUAAAUCAGUAUCCUGCAUAUGGCUCAGUGCCUCUUUCACCUACCAUGACCAGGCAGAAAAACAGAAGAAAAACAUUACACAGUAAAAGUAAAUUUAGUCUCAAAGUUCCACCUCAAAAGUCAAAGAAAACAUCAACUUCGCCAGUAUUUCAAAUCACAGUAUGUCACACUUCAGAAUGUAGCAAGUUAAGACACAGGUAUAAAACUAAGAAGAAAGAGUUACAUCAAAGAAAAGGUGUAUCAGGUAUAGCGUUGUGUCGUACUUAUGCUUUCAAGCUUGUUCCUCCUUAUAUUAGGAAGUAUUCCAGGAAAAGACUAGUGAAAUUUAUGCCAGGUUUAACAGGAUGUCGACAUUUUCUGCUGAAGCAAAAUAAGUCACUGUAUGCAGAGAAAGUCAACUAUGCAGGGCCUGUUGAGAAAAGAGGAACCUCAGGGAGUACUAAAAACGGAAAGCAUCAUGGCAGAGACAAUAAAGAACUAAAAAACAUUUCACCAAAAAUUCCACCUCAGCUAGAAGAGUCUUUCAUGGUCAAUGCUUAUAAACAAAAAGCACCUUGUUCUUCAUUAAUAGAAACAAACUGGAAGAAUAAAGAGUCUCUUAAAGACCUAAUUUUACAAGCAAAGGAAAUCGAUAUUGCAGAGUUUUGUGCCCCAAAUAGUGAAAAAACAUCUGACCUGCAUAUUGCAAAGCAUGAGACACCUUUAGAAGAAGCUAUAUCAGCACCUUUGCAGAAAUUUGAUUCCUCUCCCAAAAUGGAGUCAGACAGAAGAAAGAAAACAUGGAAGGACCUAAAAAGUACAGAGAAUUCACAUCUUCUACUUACAAAUGGAGAGAAGUUACCAACUAGUACAUCAGAAAUGCAAAGGUGCUUUCCAAAGGGAAAUACCCACGAAAAAGAUUUUCUUGAAAUUGUUCUGGAGUCUUCAGAUGUCAACUUGCUCAUUUCACUAGGAACCAAAAAGUAUAAAAGCAGUGAACAAUCAGCAGGUGGAGAAAUUCAAGAGAGUCCAGAAGGUGUAAUUGAGAAGGAAAAGAAACCAUUAAUAGUUAAUGUUACAGAAGAUGGUGACCUAAGUGAAAGUGAGGAACUUGAAUGCAACACUAGAAGCAGCAUAAAAAAUAGGCAAGAUGAAAGAAUAUCUGAUGCAUUUCACGAUGCCACUCACACUGCCCUUUCUGAACCACCUCAUAUGGAAACGCAGAGUGGAUUAAAAACCAAGACAGAUACAUCAAGAAUAGGGCUUAGUCAUUCAGCCGUAAAGCAAGAUGAAUUACCAGAUGACAAGAAAACAUGGAGUGCAGAAUACAUUGAGAAGAGAUGUAUAUUUAAAAAACCACAGGAACAUGACAGAGAGGAAGAACAACAGGCUCUACAAGAAGCAGAUCCACAGCUAACACCAGGUUUCAGGUUGAGUCUACAACUAAAGCAGAAGCCCAAGUACGUCAAAUUUGAAAUAGGACAUAGCUGUUCAGAAAGUAGAACAACUCAAAAUGAAGAGCUAGAGGUACAACCACACACUCUUUCUACAGAAACAAUUGUGGGGACUGGUCCAUGCCCCACAAUGGAUCCAUUUCAAGUUGAGAAGGUGAAGCAAAGCACAGACAGACCUACAGGCAGGGAAACUGCAGAUCCAGUGCAUCCUCUUACAUUGUCAGAGAGCUUGCCAGUUUUAACUGAAACAACAGAACAUGGUGUCGCAUUGUGUGGAAGCCCCGGAAAGCCCCUGGAUGAUCAAAUUGCAGAAAAAAAGGAAGACUUAAAAAGAGUUUUACCUGAAGUUGCCCUGGGGUCUUUCCAUAGGCGUAUGCUUCCUUUAUCAAGUGUGAAAAGGCGGAGAAUCAGAAAAAAAUUACCAGAAACCAAAAAUGUACUCUGUCUCAACCGUGUAAUUAUGAAAGUAAAGACACCACCAAUACAUCAUAGAAGAAGAUUGAGAGGUGAUUUCAAAAUCAUGAUUAAACAAAUACUGCAAGAAACUGUGGCAGAUAUGCUUCUGAGUGUUCUUGACCCUCACGUGUCUAUUUUGCCUCAUAUUAGAACACACAGCAGAUUAAAUGCAGAGAAUCACAGUCACACCAAGCUAAAACAAGAGAUAUCAGAAGUUGAAAGAGAAGAAAAGUGUUCAGAUACCAUUACUAAAGGAAGUGACUCUGGAGACACACCAGAAGCAGCUAAAUUGCAAGAUGAAAUGAGUGGGGACAGAGAAGCUUCACCAGAAGCUGUCCUUGAGGAUUGCUGGAACCUCAGAUUGGAUGCAUCUCCAGAGAAAGAGCUUAAAACAAAGAAAGAAAUGCAACAACCAGUCACAUUUGCAGAAAUCAUGAUGGAGUCUGUUUACUCGGCCAUAACAGAUCCAUUUCAUGCUGAGAAUAUGAAGAAAAGCCUGACCACACAAACAGAUUUAAGAUGCACUGCACAUUCUGAGAUGCCUCCUCCAGCAUCAGAAAAAUCACUGAUUGGAGACCCUUUAACAACAAGAGAAAGUGAUGUCCCAGAUUAUGGAAGUGAUACAAGGGAAAUGGUUUAUUCUUUUACAGAAACAAAGGCAGAGUUACCCAAAGAUUUACCAGCAAUUUCCCCAGAGACUUUUAUUUGCCACAUGCCUGUUUUAUCUCAUUCUAAAGUGAAGAAAAAUAGAGUAAGAUUCUCACACUUAGAAAGUAGAGUGAAGUCCAAGUCUGUACACAUGAAGGCAUUGAAGCCAUCAAUUUCACAAAUAUGUAAUAUCACAGGUCAUAGAAAGGAACUGGAAUCUGACUUUAAGGCCAAGUUUGAAAAGAUCAACCAAGCUAAUGGGCUGGUUUAUGAAUUUCUAAACACCCUUUACUCUCCUGUGUACAGCAGGUUACAAGAAGAGACAAACAGCUUCUGCCAUGCUCAGGUAAAGCUCCAGGGACUAGCAGGUGAGGGGAGACCACAGUAUGUUGAUUUCUUUGAUAAGAGUAGUGCAUUCUGUGACAGAGAAGAAAAAGUACAAGAUGGAGAGGAAGAGGAGCAAAAAACGUUGCUAGUAACUGCUCCACAAUAUACCCAGUACCUCUGGAUCAAUGGGUAUCAAGGGAAAGAGACCCACCUUGCCGAACCAGACCCAGCACUGGACCGUUUAACACAGGAACAAGAUAUACAGCACCGAACAUGCUUUACACAAACUGCUUCACAGACUGGCCUCCAGAUGGGUCCUCAAGAAGCUAAGGAACUCCAGAAGAUCAACAAACCAGAAGAUGACAUAACAGCCCCUACGGGUCUGGAGAUUCCAGCUCCUGAGGCAGGGAACUCAUCACUUGAUAAACUUUUGAACACUACAACAGAGUGUGGCCUACCAUCUGGUGGAAACCUUAAAAGGGAACUAGAUUCUUAUUUUGUGGGGAAAAAUUCAGAGUUACCAGAAAAUUUGCAAGUGACCUUCCCACAGUUUUCUGAUUCGGUUGACCCCUUUGUUUCUAAAUCUAAAAGGAAGAAAAACAUAUUAAAAUUAGCAAGGAAGCAAAAAACAGUGAGUUGUAGGUAUAGAACUAUGAGAGAACAAAAGCCAUCAAUUUUUCAUAUGCUUAAUGGCAGGCAGAGCAAGGCACUGCAAUGCAAUUUAAAAAUAAAGAUGAAGAAUCCACAGCAAAAUAAAAAUAUAGCAGAUGCAUUUUUGGAUAUCAUUCACUUCAAGGUGCCUACUUUGCCCAACAUCAAAAUGAGUAUUGGAUUAAAUGUGGAGACAGAUAUGCAAAUGGUAACAAGACUUAGUCAUAUGCAGCUAGUGCAAGGGAAAUCGCCAAAUGGAAGAAAAAUAUGUUGCCCAGGUUCUAUCAAUAUGAGUAGUUUAUCUAACAGUGUGAAAGAUGGGGUGGAGAAGGCACGGGAACAAGAUUUACCAGCUCCAGAGACUUGCCCAGGCCUCAUAUUCAAUAUAUAUCAGAAGAAGGAUCAUGACCUUGUCAAAUCAGAUGAGGAACUGAAACAACCAGGAAGUAUAAAUAUUCAGGUACAACCACAAACACAUUUUGCACAGACUAUUUUAAGCUCUGCUUCAUGCCCUACAUUGGAUCAGUUUCAACUUAGAAAGCUAGAGAGCUAUGCUAGGUUUUCACCUCCAAUGUCAGGAGAAGCAAAGAUUGAUGAACAAAUAGUUUCUGAAAGAGAAUGUGGUGUUCCAUCUGAUGCAAACCAUCAAAAGGAACAAGCUGAUGGUAUUGAAAAGAAAGAGACAGUGACUUUAGAUUUCUGCCUGGCUUCUUUAUCUAUAUCCAAAAGCAAGAGAAAUUUCAAACAAUAUUCAGACAUGAAAACCUUAAUGAAGCCCAAAUGUGGAAUUUUAAAAGCAAAGAAACCAUCAAUUUCAAACAUGCUCAAUAUCAAGGCUGGUGCUAGCCCAAAUCAUAGAAAAGAAUUGGGAUAUAACUUAACAACCAAAAUGAAAGAGGUGGGUCAAGGUGAAAAAAUGGCAGACGCCAGGUACUCCCUCACGUCUAUUAUACCUGCCGUUAAUAGGUAUAGCAAGAGAGAAAGGGAAAAAAACAUGUUAGGGGGAAAAAGACUCAGUUCUAAACAAGUAAAGCAAGAGAUAUCACCACAUGAAGGUAAUAUUACUCCAGGUGACACCAAAGAAACCAAUCUUCAAGAUGAAGAGGAAGAAGAAGGUGAACAGGAGAUGUUGUUAAAGAUAAUUCCACAGCACAGCCAGCAUUUCAUCUUCUGUUCAGGCCAGAGGAAGGAGCUUGACCUUUACAAAUGGGGAAACAAAGGACGUGGGAAAAUUCUGUUUGUUACAGAACAAGACGUCCCACGACAAACACAGCUUCCAGAUCCAACCCAGGCAGAGGAGCCAAAGAGAAGCCAGCAGACACUAAAUGGCACGGUGUGGUCAGCAAGCUCAACCCUUCCCUUUCUAAAGUCAAAGGAAUCACUAAUUGGUCGAGUUUUAAUUGAUACAAUGAAAUGUGAUGUCCCAAGUAAUGGGAGAUGUACGGGGGACCUGUACGAUCAUGGUAAAGAGGAAAAGGCAGAGUUUAAAGAAUAUGUACAAGCAACUGUCCUGGGGUCUUUGGAUGCCUCCACACCUGAUCUAUUUGAAUCUAAGAGGCAGAGAAAGAUGCUUACAUGUAGAGCCUUAAAAAGUAAAAUGAGUCCCAAAUGUGUUAUUAUGAAGACAAGGAAGGCACCAAUUUCACAGAUAUUUAAUAUCCCUGGGAAUGGUUAUUUAAAAGCCCUACAUCCAAAAACCCUGAAAUCACAGACUGUUGACUUUUUAAUUCAGAUAAAAUACUCUGGGGUACUGGAAGAUCGUACUGCAGAGAGAAAGGAAGGAGUAGCCCAAGAAUUACCAGCAGCAAUUCCGCAGGUUUUGGAUUUAUCCACACUUGCUUUACCUGUGUCAAAAAGAAACAACUCAAAACUUACACACAAGAGAAAUAAAAUGAGUCCCAAAUGUGUAACUUUGAAGGCAAAGAAGACACCGAUUUCAAAGACAUUUAGCAUCACAAAAUGUGGUGCACCAAGCCAUGGUAGGCAAUUUGAAUGCAACUACAAAACCAUGAGGAAACAAGGUCAGUCUGUGGCAGCUGUCAUCCUGAAUGCCUUUUCCUCUCCCGUGGCCGUUUCACUGGACAUGAAAGUGCAUGACAGAAGCAAAGUAGAGACGGACAUGCCGUGGAAGAUGAGGUUCAGUCAUGAGCUGCAACACCAAGGGCAGUGGCCAGAUAGAGAAAGAGCCUCGUGUCCCUAUUCCAGGGGCGAGAAGGGCAGGGCCUCAAAUGUCAGGAAGGAAGUCAAAGACCUCGGUGGAGAAGCAGCGCCAUGGAAUUCCCAGCACCUCACUUUCCAUGCUCCUAACAUGAAGGAACCUCGCUUUGUGAAAUCAGAUCUAAAAUGUAAGUAUUCAGCAAGGGAAAAAAUCCCAGAAUCGCUUACCAUAGCUCAGGAGCUGCAGCAACACACACUUUUCACACAAAGUGUAUUGCAUCCUGUGUCUUGCUCUAUUUUGAAUUCACUUCCAUUUGAGAAGCUACCAAAAAGAACAAAAACGCAGAGUCCAAAGAUUUUAUCUCCAAUGACAGGGAAAUCACUUAGUGAAUCUUUAACUGUUAAAGCACCGACUGAUAUCCUAUCUGAAAGAGGCCCUACAAAGGAACUUGCUGGUUCUAUUCCAGAGGAAAAAAUAGGGUUACCAAAGGAUUUACGAGUGAGAACCCUGCAGUCUUUUGGUAUCUACAUGCCAGCGUCACCUAAAAUUAAAGGGUUGAGAAAUGCAGCACUAAUCCCUAAGUCUAGAACUGGGAAAGCCCAGAUGGCAUCCAUUUUAAAGACAACUAAUAUCACUAGGUCUGGUGCCCCCAGCUAUGGAAAGGAACAGGUCUACACCUUGGAUGACAUGGCCAAAGAAAUAUCUCAAAGUAUGUCAAAUAUAUUUAUGAAUACCUUUUUUUCACCUACACCUGUUUCACCUGCCAUCAAAACACACAAAAAACUGAAAGCAAAGAAAGGCCCAUUAAGAAAAAAAGUCAAUAUUAUACAGUUAAAACAAGAGGAAGGGAAAAGAGUGUGUAAAUAUACCUCUAAUAAAUGGAGCACCUCAAGCAGCACAUCAGAAUCAAGAUGGCAAAAUGAAAAAGAAAAAAUGGGCAAGGAAGUUUUACUCGAAGCAGGUCUACAAUUCCUGAAUAGGACCGGAAGUAGAAAAGAUCAAAAUAUGCUUAUUACAGAGCAAGAAGCAUGGCAACAAGCACUAGUUUUGGAAAAUAUGUUGGAGUCUAUUUGUUCUCCUCUGAUAAUUCCAUUUCAAACUGAAGAGCUGAAAAAGAAUAUCCUACCACAAACAGACAUACUGCAUAGAAUAAGUGAAAAGAGUUCACGUCUAAAAAGAGGGAAAGCAAUAUUUGAUGGUCUUUUAAUUGAUGAGGCAGUGUAUAGGACUACAUCUGAUCAGAGCUCCACAAAGAAGCUGGAUGUUCCCAGUGCAGCUUCCCAACAACUUGAAGAAGAAAUGGAAGACAUAAAAACUCAAAAAAUAACAAAAUACACAGUUGAUCAAAAUAUCCCACCUCCCAAGUCAGGGAUCUCAGUGCUUGGAGAUCCAUAUAAUGAAAGCUCUAGAAGGAAAGUGGGUGGUCGUAUUGCCAAGAAACAUAAAGAGUUGCCGAGAGAUUUACUAACAAUAUCCAUGAUGUCUGUUUUACCUGACUCUAAAAGGCAGAAAAAGGCAUUACAAUUUCCAGGAAGGAAAGAUCUUAUGGGUCCCAAAUGUAUAACAAUGAAGGCAAAGAAGCCUCUUUUUUCACAGGUGCUUAAUAUCACUGAGGAUGGUCAUCUGUACUGUAGAAAGGAACAGGAAGGCCAUUUAAAGUCUAUGAUAAAGGACAUGCAACCAAAUAGAAGUAUAGGUGAUGCGUUUUUAUCUCCCACACCUGUUUCAACUGAUAACAAAAUAGAUUUUGAAAUUGAUAGCACACCAAAAACAGGGACGGAUCGACCAAGAGUGAAAAUACACAACCAUACCUAUCCAGAGCUAGAGAAAUCAACAAGUGAUGGGGAAGCAUGGGAGGCCAAUUUGACUGAUACACAAAGCAGAUCCAGCAACACAGGUAAAAUGAAUGUGCCACAUAAAAAGGAAGAGGAAAAUAUCCCAGAAAUGUUAGCAGAAUCAGUUCUGCGCUAUAGUCAACACUUCCAUUUCAGUUCCCAUCAUAUGAAAAAUCUUGGCCCUUACAAACCAAAAUCUAAACUGAAUCGUUCAGAAGGCAGGAGGACUUGGAAUUUGUCUUGUGCCAUGCAAAAUAUGAGGCAAGAAGAACACGUUAGAGAAACUAUCUUAGAGGCUGUUUCUAGAAACGUGAUGAAUUUUAUUCGAGUACAAACAUUGAAGAAACGUCUUCGUACCCAAGGGGGAAUACAAUAUAUGGUAGGUCUAAAGACCCCAUUUCCAAAAGCUAGAAAGUCAGAGACUGGUUCCAUACAAUGUGAUGGUCUCUGGGAUGGAAAUCCGAGGAGGAUAUGGGAUCAUCCUAUUUCUAAGAAAAAGACAUGGAAUCAAAGUGACUUAGUAAGAACUGUCUUAAAGCCUUUAGAUUUCUCCAGCCUUGAUUCGUCUGAACCCAGAAGCCAGAGUUACACAUUAGAGGUUGCAGACAAGAAAAAUACAAUGAGUCCCAAGCAGGUAAUUGUGGAGGCAGAGAAACCAUCAAUUUUACAGGUGCUUAAUAGCACAAGUUGUCUUACAGGAAUCCAUAUUAAAAGACCCCACAAAGUUAAGUACAAGAUAAGAGAGAGGCAAUGGAAUGAAAGCGUGAGAGAGAGAUUACUCCUCACCACUGAGGGAGCUAAGAUUCCAACGCCCCAGUUAGUGAUUGAUCAACUCUCAUUCGAUACAGCAGCGAGGGACACUCUGUAUAAUGACAGAACACGUCACAAAAAUCUGGGUGGUCUUGUCACAGAGAAAAAGGCAGAGUCGGAGGAAAACUUAGCCACAGCUCUCUUGGGGCCUUUAGAUUUGUUCACGCCUGUUUUAUCUGACUCUGAAAGCCAGAUAAACACAGUACAAGAGAAAAUCAUACUGAAUCCCAGAUGUUUAGCUCUGAAGAAAAAGGAGCCACUCAUUUCACAGAUACUUAAAGUCAAUAGGCAGUUUGCCACAAAGCAGAGGAAAAAACUUAGAUCCAAUUUAAAAACCAAAAUGAAAGAGAUUUGGCAAGGUAAAAAUGUGGCUGUUAUAUUUACAAAUGCCAUUUACUUCACAUUGGAUACCUCUGACAUUAAAAGGCAAAGCAGAUUCAAAACAGAGAUAGACGGAGUAUCAAGGUUUAGUCCUGUACAACCAACACACAUGGAGCUGCCAGUUGAAAGCCGAGUGAUUUUACAAUCAGUUAAUGCCACAGGUCAUGCUGCUUUAAGCAUUAAUAAGGAACAGGAACAGGAACAGGAGGUGGGCAUAGAGAGAGAGAAAACUGUGUUAAAUGCAGACCUAAAAUCUACAGAUGCUUCUACGUCUAUUCCACCGCACAUAAAAAUGGAGCAGUCACCUAGUACCUGGGGUAACUAUGAAGAAUCUUCUGAAAAGAGAAAUGCCCUGAACAAAGCAAGAGUUACAGAGGAAGAAGAGUAUGAAAAACAGGUUUUGUUUGGAACACCUCCACAAAAUACCCAGCCAUUUGAGUUUCUACAAACUAGACAGCAAGAACCAUGUGUCUCAGGAACCAUCCAGAAUUCUGCUUAUGCUUACAAUCCUAAAUAUCCUAAAAUCAUAAAACAUAAAGGUAAUGCAAAAGCAGCAGGUGUGACAAACACUAUGCAUACUGAACAGGUAAAGUCAAAGGCAAAGAAACCACUUGUUUCCCUGAUGUAUAACACAACAGGGUAUGGAACCCAGAGCAACGAAAAGGAAAUGAGGUGUAACAUCAAGAAACAGAAGCCGGGGUUCCAGCAAGGUAACGCUGAGGUAGAGUUCGUUCUGAAAACUAUUUGUGACUCUGGGUCUAUUCCACCUCAAAUUCAAGCAUUGAUGGAAGCAGAAAGGGAGAAAGUCAAGGCACAAAGGCUGAUACACAUUCCUCCAGAGCCAAAGCUGGAGAAAGCACUAAAUAGAAGACAAAUAGCAUUUUCACAGUCCAUUGCUAAGAGUGCUAAAUCAAGAAAUAUUAAAACACUGAAACAAUAUAUUAGAGAGCAAGAAGAAAAGUACCAAAUUGCUUCACCAGACGUUCUCCCACAAUGUAAAUACCGAUUCAUGAUGAGCCAGCCACUGAAGAAAGAGCCUGACGAUGUCAAAUUCUCAGUAGAUUUGAAAAGAGAAGUAUAUCCUGAUCGACAUUCACAAAAGAGGGAAACCAACUGCCUUACGUUUGACAUCUCAAGAAUUAGAUUACACACAAAACACAAAUUCCUUAUCACACCAGGAGUAAAGGAGGGAUAUGGAGACAUGACCCAACAUUCAUUUCCAACUCCACAGUGGAGAGAAGUAUCCAAGAAAACGGACAUUUCCUUAAGUUCAAAAGGAAAGAAUAUGUUUCUCCCAGAGUUGGAUGCUUCUCAACAGAAGACUUGCAAGGAGCAGAAACUGCUGAAACAAGGAAGUAUUUCAAGGACACACCUGGAGCAUACUUUGUAUCCCAUUAUGGAAACUCCUCAUUUGGAAAAUGCAGUAAAGGUCUCUGAGGAAGGUACAUACAUUGACAGAAAAAAUAUUUCACAUCUAUUGGGAAGAGGAGGAUUAAGAGAAACUGAUGUCUUACAAGGUUCAAAAGGACAGACAUUUCUUUGUACAAAUGUAGAGGCCCAGCGAUAUAUGUCUGCAGUGCAGAAAGGAGAAGUGAAACCAGAUCACGCUCCUGAACAGAUUCUGGAUUCGUUAUCUUGCCCCAGUGAGGAGCCUCUUCAUGUAAAAGGGGCAAGAAAUGCAACAGGGAAAGAAAAUGUUAACAUCGCUAUCGUUUCAAAUGUAAAUCCAUGGAGAAAAGAGAAACCAAAGUUAAUGGACAGUCUGUCAAAAUCAAAUGGACAGAAAAUAAAGUUUUCCAAAAAAUGGAGGGCAAAGCAACAAAAUAGUUCUAACCAGAAAGAAGAAAAUCUUCUGGAAUCAGUUUCCUCUUGCAUAUUGCAUCAACUCCAUAUUGGAAAGCGAAAGAAAGAAGUCUCAGCCAAAGGAAUCAGUCCAACAGUUUUGAGCCCAGUGGUAGAGAAAGCAUCAAACAAAGCAGAUAUUCCAGUGGAUCAACCUCCAUGCUCAGAAGGAAUUAAUUUGCAUAUUGGAGAAAGAAAAGAACAUCAACAAGAAAAUAUAUGCAAGGCUCUUGCAACAUCUGUUUCUCAUUCUUUGAUGAAUAUACUUCAGAUUAAAUUGCUAAGGGUAACGAAAGCAUUAAAGGAAGUCGAUAGUCCAACGUACCACAUUUCAAAUACAGAAGGAAUUGGCUUGUCUAUUGCAGGAAGAGAAGAGCAACCAGAACGUAUACAAGAUAUUUGUCCAAAUCUUGCUUCUGACUCUUCGAGAGAUAUAUUUCAGAGUAAGAUGCUGUGUGAAAAGAAGGCAUCAGAAGAAGUAGUUAGCACAGUGGAUUACACUCCAAGUGCAGAAGGAAUUGGUUUGCUUAUUACAGGAAAGGGAGACCAGCAAGAGAAAUGUACUUAUGAGGCUCUUCGAAAGUUUGCAUCUCACCCCCAAGCACGUCUACGUCAAACUGAUACCCCAGUGCAAGAAGUAAAACUAGAUGGCACAAAUAGGAUGAACUGUGAAUAUUCACCUCCACAGGCUAAGGAAGCAUUAAAAGGAAUGGGUGUUAUUGUUGGAUAUAUUCAAAAAAGUGAGGAAAGACAAAACUUACCCAGUAUAGAACAAAGCCGGCAGCACUUGUUGACUCCGUCUGAGAAUCUUGUGGAGUAUACGUCUUACCUUCAAAAUGAUCCCUGGCUGCUGCCACAUUUAACACCUCUGACAAAGGAAGCAUUAUCGGAAGUAGGUCGUGUGUCAAGCAGGACAAAAGGAUUAGACUUGAUUUCUAAAGAUCAACUAAAUACCGGAUGUGAGUGUGGCCUGGAAUGGACUGUACCCUCGAUUCCUCCAAGGCAAACAACAAAACAAAAUACAAGGCCGCCUUUAGAAUCAUUCACUAAAACUGUAAAAUAUCAGAAUGUCUCAUUGCCAAAAGGAGAGAAAUCACUGGAUGGGGCGCAGGUAAUUGAUUCAAUAUCAAAUGUUAGCUCCCCCAAGCUAAGAGUUAGAAAGAAUGUGCAAUUACAUAAAGUGUAUCAAAAAAAGGUGCAAAAAGAGGUAUGUUUACCUGGAUUAUUUUCACAUUCUCUUUCUAUCCAUAUGCCUCUUUUGCCUGAAAAUAAAAGACAGAAGAAUGACUCAAAGCGAGGAGUUAAGAAAGGCAUAAUACACCCCCAAAGAACUUUGGAGAAAUUGUUGUUUUCAAAUAUAUUUAAUACCACUGACGGUGGUAGCCCAGGCAAUAGAACAGAACUGCAGUGGAGCAUAAAAGAGAAAAUGGUAAAUAUAAAACAUAGAAAGGUCAAACCCGAUUUGAUUUUGACAAGUAUAUAUGACUUCAUCCCUUCUUUACCUUACCUCAAAUUGAAUAAAAAGACAAUUGAUGAGAUUAUCUCAAAUAAUGUAAAAAGAAUAAAACAACCUGUAUCACAGAAAAAGGAGAAGGAAAGAAGAAAAGUCAAUAUGAAAGGAAUAAUGGAUCCCAACAUUAUCUUGAAAGCAAAGAAAUCAUCACUGUCACGUAUACUCAAUGAAAAGGAAUCGCCAGGGCUGUUGAACAUUAUAAAACAAGACAGCAAUGUGCAAAUAGGUAAAGGUAAAUCAGGUGUGAAACUGACAAACCUGUUUACUUCCUUACCAUCUCUAUCACAUCCUAAUUUGAAUUCAAGAACAAAAGGAGGAAGAGAUAAAUCAGGAACACCAUGGAACUGCCUUCCACCACUAAACCUCCAGGCAUCAUCAAAUAUCAGGAAAACAUCAUUUGCAGAGUCAAUUAAUAGAGACAGUUUAAGCAACAUGAUAGAAUCAAAACAACGUUUGCCCCAGAAAAAGAAGGAAGAUGCAGACAAUAUAGUAUACAUGAAAGAUAUAAGGGGCUGCAAAUGUGCCCCUUUUAAAAGAAAGAAAAAACUUUUUACACAUACACUGCAUGGAAACAAACCACAGUGGAACAAUAAAGAACAAGAGAAAAUGAUGCAGGAAGAUAAGAGUGAUCUAGUUGUAGUUCAGAAUAAUCUCUGUGUUUCCAUUCUGUCUUCACCUCACCUGGAAUGGGGUCCUGCAGUGAAAGAAGAGGCAUACAUGCGAGGAGUGUCAGGGUUCUGCCUUCCACCAUUGACCCUCCAGGGGUUGUCAGAUGCAGUGAUAAUAUGUGGGGAGCCAACUGAUGAUAUUUUAAGCAGCAUAGAAAGAUCAAAAUAUAUGUCACAGGAGAAUGAAGAUAAAGUGGAAAUGGCUUUGGAAGAGAUAAGGAAUCCCAAAAGAAUAGCUUUGGAGGCGAACCAGUCUCCAAUUGCACGGGAGUUACAGUUGAACAUCAAAAAAAAAGAGGAAAAGAUGCAGGAACAUAAAGAUGAACGAGUUGGGAUUCAGAAAAAAUCUUGUGUUUCCAUCUCUUCUCUGCCUUACUGUGAAGUGGACACAAGAAGGAAAGGAGAAGCAAUCAUGCUAAGAAAAACAAGAUCCUCUUUUCUACAACCCAAACUCCAGGAUUCAUCAGAUACAGGAAACAUAGCACAUAAAAAGUCUGUUUAUGGUGAUAACUCAAACAAUGUAAAAAAAGCCAAAGAACAUAUAAUGCACGAAGAAGAAGGAAGAGUAAAAAUGGCAAAAGUCCUACCUUUGGAGAAAAAGAAAUCACCAAGUUCACAGGAAAUCCAGUUGGACAUCAAAGAACAAAAGAAAAAGAUACAAAGAAUUCAGGGUGAACCAAGUGUGAUUUUGACAUGUACUUCCAUACCUGCUACUUCUUUUAAAUUGGAUACAAGAAUAAAAGAGGAAGACUACAGAGCUGAAGUAACAAGGUACUCUCUUCCAGAACCAUCACACCAGAAAUCAUCAGAUAUAGUGAAAAAAGAAAAAAAAGAGUUCAUCAAGGGUGAUAUCACAAGUGAUGUACAAGCAGCAAACGAAUAUAUGCCCCAGAAAGGAGAGGAUAGAGGAAAAGUAGUAAAUAUGAAAUAUAUAAUGUACUCCAAAGAGACAACUUCCAAGGCAAAGGUAUUACCACUUCCACAUGUACCCAAUACCCCUGGCAGGUGUAGCCCCCAAAUUAGAGAAGUACAGACAAACAGAAGAGAAGACUUGGGACAUGUACAGGAAAGAAGUGAACUACAUGAGGUUCUGACAGAACCUUGUCUACCUCAAUUUACAUUAAGCAAAGUUACAGAAGGCAAGAAAGAGAAGCAAAGAGUAAUAAAACCCACUAUUCCAUUCUCAUGGCACAGGGAAUCAUCAAAUGCAGAGAAAUUAAAAUACACACUGUCACCUGUGAAUGAUAUCUCAAGUGAUUUGAAAAUAACAAAAUACAUGACACAGAAAGAAGAGGGUAAAGCAAAUAUUUUUGUGAGAAACCUAAUGCAUCCCAAGUGCUUAGCUUUGAAGGCAAAGAAAUCACCCCUUUUCCAUAUACUCAAAGCAAAGGAACUGCAAGUGAACAUCAAAGAGCAAGUGAAAAGGGGGCAGGAAGGUAGAAGGGACACAGUCGUGCUUCUGAGCAAAAUUUGUCCUUUUGUCACUUCUUCAGUUCAUCUUAAAUUUGACACAACAACAGAAGAAGAAGGUGGUCCAGGAAUCAUAAGGAAUUAUGUGCCACCCCCUGAGCUCCAAGAUUCAUUGCCUUCAGUGCAGAUAGCACCUCCAAAGUCAACUGAUAGCCACAGAAAGAAAGGAAAACAACAUCCACCACCGAAAGAAAAGGACAGAGUACAAACAGCAGCCAUGAGCGGCUCACUGUGCGCCAGUGGCACAGAUUUCAAGGCAAAGACAUCAUCCCCUCCUCAUGUGUUCAGUGUUGCCGAGCACAGUGCUCUGAGUAGGAGAAAGGAGCCAUGGCUGAGCAUUGAGGAGAGAGUAGAACAGGGGCAGGGAAGAACAGAAGACCAUGAUGUGGCUCCAACAAAAACUCCUCCUUCCUCGCCUUCUCCAUCUCACCAUAGAUUGGAUGCAGGGACCAAAGGAGACGAAGACUUGCCUGCAGUUGCAGGAUUCUCUCCUUCACCAUUUCAGCUCCCUGAGUCAUCAGGUGCAGGGAAAAUCAGAUAUGCAGAUUCCAGUCAAGGUAUUAGCUCAUGUAAUGGAAUAAUAAAAACUAAUGGACAUAUGCCAUAUAGAGAGACAAAGUUCAGAGUAAAAACAAAAGACAAGAAAGAUAGAAUAUACCCCAAAAUAAUAACUUUGGAAGCCCAUACAUCCCCACUUACACAUCUACUCAGUAGAAACAGACUACCUUUGAAUGUCAAAGGGCAAGGGAAGGAAGUGCAGGAGAGCAAAGGUGAGCCAGAAAUGGUUCUGAGGGAAACUCGUGCCUCCUUACUUUCUCCAUCUUACCUGAAAUGGGACACUAGCAGGAAUGAAAAGGAACACACAGAAAGAAUAAUACAAUCCUGUUUUUCACCACUGAAGAUUUAUGAUCCAUUCAAUCCAAGCAAAAAAGCAGAUGCUAAGUCAUUUGACGGUUAUUUGUUAAAAGACAAAGAUAGACUCAAAACAGUUAUUGAAGACAAAGUGCUCCUGAUAUCUAUGCAUCAGAACGCAAAGGAAUUACCACUUUCAUAUAUACGUGAUACCAAAGAAUUGAAGUGGAAAAUUAAAGAGCAAAAGAGAAAGGUACAGAGAGAGGACAGUGAACUAGUCACAAAACUGAAAAACAUUUAUAUUUCUUUACUCGCUCUACCAUAUCUUAAAUCUGAUACAACAGGAGGAGAGGGGUACAUGAUAAGAAUUACAAAAUUGCCUCUCCCACAAGCACAGUCCAAGGAAUCAUCAGAAUAUGCUGAGACCGAUGAGGGACAACUUUCAAAAUACAUAAAAAAAUUAAAAGAACACAUGCUACACAAAGAAGAGAAGGAGAGAGAGAAAUAUAUGGAUAUGGAUAGUAGAGUGGACCACAAUAAUAUGGAUUUGGAAGCAAAGAAAUCACCUAUUUUACUUACAUACAAUCUAAGUGACCUUCAGUGGAAAACUAAAGGGCAAGAAGGGAAGGUUCAGGAAUAUAAACGAGAGCCGGGUGAUGCAACACUGACUGAGACUUGCACUUCUAAAUCUUCUCUUCACCUUCACAAAAACACCAGCAUCAGAGAAAAGGGCAUGCCAAUGUUAUCAAGACCCUCUUUUCCCCCAGUAAACUUCCAGAAAUCAUCAGGUUCUGAGGAAGUGGUACAUGCAGAGCCAAUGGCUAGUGAUACUGUCAUCAGUCCCCCAAAAGAAAAACAACAUUUGCCCCAGAACAGGGAGGAGGAUGGCGUAGAAAGAGGAAACCUCAUGUUCCCCAAACAUCAUGAAAAGGAGAUGCAGGAAAGUAAAGAUGGACCAGGUAUGGUUCUGACCAAAUCUUCUACUUCAUCACCAUCUCUCCCUGCCCUCAAAUUGGAUAAAGUACAAGUCAAUAAUGAAAUGCUAGCACUUAAAAGAUCUGUUUUCCUGAGAAUAUCGUACGCAGGGGAAAUAGUACAUACAGAUUCAAUCAGUGCUGAUACCACAAAAGUUGGUCAAAACCUGAAGAAAUGUUCUACUUCAUCACCAUCUCUCCCUGCCCUCAAAAUAGAUAAAGAAAUACAAGUCGACAAUGAAAUGCUAGCACUUAAAAGGUCUGUUUUGCUCAGAAUAUCAAAUGCAGGGCAAAUAGUACAUACAUAUUCAAUUAGUGGUGAUACCACGAAAGAUGUUCAAAACGAGGAACAACCUAUGCCUGAGAAAGAAGAGAGGGAAAGAGAAAAAAUGGUAGAUAGGAGAGAUGCGAUGCACACCAAAGAUAUAACUUUGAAGUCCAAGAAGUCACCUUCUUCAUAUAUGCUCCACAGAACAGAAUUACAUCUGAACACUGGGGGGAUAGAGCAAAAGAAACAGGAAAGUCAAGGUAAACCACCCAGUACGGUGGUAAGAAACAUUUAUGUCUCCAAACCUCCAACUAAGCUGGAAUUGGAUAAAGGUACACAAGUAGAUGAAGGAAGGCUUGGAAUUAAAAAACCCUCUCUACUUCUACGAAUGCUUUCAGCAUUAUCAGAUGCAAAGGAGAGACCAGAUACGAAGGGAAUUGGUAGUGAUGUAAUUAAAAGAAAACAACAUAUGUCAGAGAAAGAAAAAAAGUAUGAUGUGAAAAAAGUAGAUAUGAGGCUCAGGACACAUCACAAAGAGGCAACGAUUUCACCAAUACCACAUGUCCUUAGUACAAAGGAAUUUAUGUUGAAUAUUAUUAAAGGGCCAGGGGAAAAAGUGCACAAAGGUAAAGAUGAACCAUGUAUGGUUCUGACAAGAACUUUUCUUUCCAUCCCAUCAGCACCUCUUUAUUUAGAGUCAGGGAGCAAAAUAGACAAAGAUGCACCAGGAAUCAUGGGAUCCUCUCGUCCACAGCAGAAUCUCCAGGAAUCAUCAGAUACCCAGAAAACAGCAAUUAGAGAGUCAGCUGCUGGUGAGAGUGAAAUUGUUAAAAAUGCAGAACACUCGGUGCCAGAAGAGGCCAUGCAACAGUGGACCUCAAACUUCAUGAUCAGUGUACAGCAAAGGAAAGAGCCUCCACGAGUCAAAUCUGAAGGAUUUGAUGAUUGGAAGUCACCACCUUUGGCAGGGGGUCCAGAUGCAACAUAUAUGACAAUACAUCCCAAAUUGCAGCCAAAACCUAUUUUAGAAAAUUUUACUUGCAAAGAAAAAAUCAAGCCCACUAAUCAUUUAGAGUCAAAAGCACCUGAAAUAAAACUGAAUUUGAUACCAGAGGUGGUAAAACAAUCCUUCCAAAAGUUCAACUUUUAUCAAAAACUGGCUAUUUCAAAACAUAACAGUUGGAAGCUCUAUCCAAGACAUAAAAAAAUGUUCUUUUUGUCUCUGGGAGGGAUUGAUACCAUAGAAUUUAACCUAAAGUACAAAUACCAAAAAGACUCACCUCCUGUCAGCUGUAUGAAGUCACUGAUUGUUAAUGUUUCAAGGGGCAAUGAAAAGAUCAUUACAAAGUUAAAGAGUAUAAAUGAGCUAGAUAGUGGAACAUCUCCUUUGACUUCUGCUAGAGAGAUGACAUUGCCUCAUAUUCUCCAAAACUAUUCAGUAGGAGAAAAAAACAAACUUCUCAUACACUUUUCUAUGAAAACACUGGAGAUUCAAAUGAAAGCCUUUCCCAGAAUUGUAAGAGAAUCUUACACAAUGGCCAGGGCUCAGGAUGGAAGGAAGCCUUUAUCUAAAUGUAUUCAUUCUGGUGUCAAAGUACCAAAACGAAAAAACAGAGUUUUGUUACUUUUUGAGGAAAAAUCUCUUCAUCAAAUAGAUCUUGAUUUACAAUACAAAUACCAUCGUUUUCUCCUGGGCUCUCCAGUCAAAAGUAUGUUCCCUAAGCCAAAUGCACUUCCCAAACAUAUUCUUAAAUUACAGACAGUUGCAAUAUGUAAAAAAGUAGAUAAUAGUGGAGAAAGUGGUGGUCUUUCCAUUGGUACAAGACCGUUAGAAGAACAUAUCUCUUUCAAAAAGCAAAGUUUCCAUGAAAACUCAUCAUUAGUCAGAAAUUUCUUGGAGCCCACUCAGGUGUGUGCCUCUGACCCUGAUCAACACAACACAGUGCAGAAAGAUACCGUGGCUCUUUCAAAGUUAAAAUCUCAUGUGACUCCAGAAAAUGAUAAACGAUGUCAUGUAUGGUUUCAAGAAACAAAUACAUGUGAAUCUGUUGAUUUAAAGACUCAGGAAAAGACUCGGGAUUUAGUUGAUUCCCAUUCAAUUCAAAAUUUUGAAGAUUUUACUGAUAGUCAGACAAAUAUUGAGAGUUCAGAUAACUUGGAGGAAUGCUCAGCUCUUGAUGUACACGAGAGUGAAGAAUGUAUAUUUUCAGAUGCCAACCCUUAUUUAAGUUGGAAGUCACAGAAUAUUCUGUUUGAAUUACAGAAAGACAUGCCUGUGGAAAAUCUCUACAAGAAGAAAAAAAUCAAAACUGAUUUGAAACCACUUUACAGUGAAGAUUCAGGUUCCCAUCAUAUUAGAGGCUGUCAAAAACAUUCCUCAUUUGUGACACCACCUUCUUACGAAUCCCACAAAAGCAGGAAACAUAGGUCAUCCUCUGAAAUGACACCACCUUCUUAUGAAUCUCUCAAAAGCAGGAAACAUAGGUCAUCUUCCAAAAUGCGACCUCCUGACUUGUGGUGUCUCAGUUCCUUAAAUACUGUAGAGGUUUUGUCUGUAUCAUCUUCCAUUCCGUUCAGCGAAGAGAAGCUUUUACAGACUUCAAGGAGUGGAAAAUGUUAUUCUUUAGUCCCCUUAAUGGAAUCAGAUAUUGAAUUACAUCUUGCAAAAAGCCAAGGCAAACCUCACAGGCAUUUGGAAAGCAAAGAACGAAAGAAGACCAAAUUGUAUUUAUCUAGAAAGAACAACACUUCUUGGGAAUGUGAUGACAGUUAUACACAGCGUAAAGAGAAACGCACAAGAAAGGAGAAAGUACGGGAUUAUGAGUCAGAAAGGUCAGAUUAUUUCCCAAGCAAACGUAAGUCAGCAUCAAAACCUCCUCGAGAGGAUAUCAGCUUCCAUUCUGAAAGAGAACAAAACCAGCCAUUUUUUUAUGCCUGUAUACCAUCAGACUCGCCGGAGAUUAUACCCCAAACCGUUCGCUGGACUAUUCCCCGCAACACUUUAAGGAAGAAGAACUUCAGAAGUCCCCUGGUGGCCAAGAUUUCAAGUUCUUGCAACAUAUGGAGUUCAUCCAGAAAGCUGCUGGGGUCGCUGUUAGGGUCCUUCAGCCUCGUUCAUCAAAAAUGAUGUUACCAUAUCAAGAUUCAUCUCGAGGGGAAAGCUGGUUGCUCUUGUGAUAUUCUUUGAAAAAUAAAAUCAUAUAAAGUCAAAUGGUUUCCUCAUGAAGUGUUUUCUAAACUGAUACCUUUUAUUUCUACAGUAGAUUUGCACAGUUCUGGGAGGGAUGGAUGGGAAAGCAGAUGAUUUCCGGUUUGGUCCAGCCAUGCGUGAGAUCUCCCCUCAGUUUGUGCUACCUCCUUAUAAUCCCCAAAGGAGAAGCCCACAGAUGCCGAAGCCCCCUUCCCACCCUCCCCACGCACUCCCCCAUGACUGAAGGGUGAGUGGGAGGAAUUGUAGCCCAUACAUGAGAUUGAGAGUACCCUAAAAGGUAGGAGGACAUAGAUACUGAAGGGAGACAGUUUCAAGUAGCAGUGAGGGUUCAACAUUGUCAAAUGUCACAAGAUACAGGGAUAAGUACUGGUUUUGAGAACCCAGGUUCCUCUGACGGCUUUGUCCUUGUCCCCAACCACAAGUGGAACCCACAGCAGCUCUGUGACCCAUACCUGCUCACCACCUGCCAUGGCUAGGGCAUCAACGCGCUUGGGGACCUCGGCACAGAGCACCUGCCACUGCAUCCUCUGGGGUGGGGGGUGGCAGGGAGCCGCCCCACAGCACUGCCAGGUGAAGGGAGACACCUCUCAGUGCACCUGAACUACCUGCCCUCCUAUUACCACCUGCCCUGGGUUGUGAGGGCCCUGGUGGGGGAUGGAGCAGGUCCACCUGUAGACAGAGAUGACUGAGAGAUGGAGUGUGAUCUGGGGCACUGCCAGCAGUGCACCCUCACCUUUGCCCUCAGGGCUGCUGACUCCAACCCCUGCCCCCAGGCUCUUGCAGGAGGCCCAGAAAAGCUGAGUUGACCCAGGGGCUGCCAGGAGAAGAACCCAGAUGUGUGAGAUUGGGGAUGGGGUGGUGGGAUUUUUAGCGCCAAGUGAAUUUUUUUGAAUGUAUUUUGUACUGGCUUAUUUCUUGUAUGUAAAUAAAAUAUUGGUCUCAUUUGGGAAAAAAACCCAUUUUUUUGCCUCAUAAAAAUUCCAUAAUGUUAAUCAUUUUAUUAUUAUAUUUUUCAUAUCACCAUUAUAUUCAUGCUAGGAUA